AUCGCGUAAGGGGGCAAUCGUGGGGUAGGUAUCCUAAUAUGCCCCAAGAAGGACCACGCCAUCGAUCCGGCAGCGUUGCCAGUUCUGCUUGGAUUUCAAUCAAUUCUCAAGGUCUCAGCGAAUUACAUGACUGUCUACUGGAUUCAUGUUGGUCUCAUAUAUGAUCUAAACAUCUCUCAACCUAAGUCACCUUAUUCCAUAUCAGACCAUGGCUACCCCUAAGCUCCGGAACGGCCGCCCCAGACAGCUCCGGGAACUGGGUGAGGAAUAUGGUCUCCUUCUACAACCACCACCACCACUGCAACCCAAACCAGAAUGUCCAUCGUCCUAUCGCACCGAUAAUGACAUCGCUGUCGCAGAAGAACUGCUCAAACGUCAACGAAUCGCCACAUCUCAGCACCAUCAAUCCAAAGGAGGGCUGUCUAGAGCCUUUACAUCCAAGAAGACGGCUUGGGAGUAUAAAGAAGUAUAUGAUGCCCUCCUAGCCCAUGUUGUGGAUCAAGGGUCGCCGGGGGUCGCCGAGGCACUGAUCACAAAGCUCAAUUUGCUUGGCGGCAAUCUCAAUCUUGUUCAGAAAAGCCGUAUGAGCCUGCUGAGCAGAAAGAAAAGUCUGGACCUAUCCGAAAGGAGCAGAAUUCUCCAGGUUGCAGUUGAGAAUAAGCAGCUGGAAAUGGUUGAGGUUCUGUUGCCUUUUGCCGACGCCCUCAGUCUAGACACAUCAUUGCCCGUGGCCAUGCGGAACGAGAGCAAUGCAAUUGCCGAACUAUUGGUCCGUUAUGGAGCUGCCGCAUCACAGACGGCGAAUGGGCAAGAUGAGUUUCGACGAGCUUGCACAAACGACGUGCAGUCACAGUUGGUUGGCAUGAUUUUGGCCUCCGAAGGCCGCCCAAAGGAGUCAUGGGUCUCCCAGUGCAUGGUAGAGGCAGCUAGAGCCGGUUGCCUUGAUAAUGUUAUGCAUCUGAGUCAAUCGACGGCGGAUGGCAAUCACGAUGGAGGUGCAGCGGUCAAGGCCGCGAUUGCGCUUGCGCGUAGAGACAUUGUCCUAACUAUACUGCUUGGUAACCGGCCACCCAGAAAACCUGGAAUAAACGAGGCGUUCGAGCAGUUGAUGCGCCAACAGAACAUCAACCCAAAUGAAAAGCUGGCCCUCGCCGAAAUCCUGCUGUGUGCGGGCGCUGAUGGAGAACCCGUCGCCAAGGCAUUGAUCCAUGCGAGUGCAACCUAUUUCCUAGAGAUGGUACAUUUACUGGUCUGCUACGGUGCCUCAAUUGCGUAUCAAGAUGCCGUAGCUUUACGAAAAGCUAUCUCUAAAGGCAAGGUGGAUCUUGUAAAGAUCAUGCUGAAUGGAUCAGCCGAGCUGGCCCCUAAAUAUGCAUCAGAAUGCGUGGAACUGCUCCCGAAGGAUAUUCGAUUCGAGGAUCGUCGGUUUCUGCUAGCUGCGUUUUUAUUGAGAGGCGCAACCGGCACGCCCAUUGACGAAGCAUUGAUCGAUUCAGCUGAAGUUGGAGAUAUAGAGACUGUGAAAUUGCUUGUUACACCACCAUCGCAAAGUGACGAAAUACCUAUUGGCCAAAGUUCGCAGCUUGUCGUAGGCUUCGGGCGAUCGCAGACCGCAUCAACUGACUAUAAGGGUGCACUGGCCCUACAGAUCGCAGUAAAGAAAGGGCAUAUGGCAAUUGCAAGUGCUAUUCUUACCCACAAACCUCCAAGUCAGGUUGCCCUAGCUCAAGUAUAUCCAAGUAUAUGGAGUCUUCCUAGACCUGAAAGAUACCAGCUUAGCGAACUAUUUCUGCAGGCAGGGCUUUCAGGUCCUUGUGUACAUUCCUCUCUGGAGCGCAUAAUCAGUGAACAGCCCUCCCGCCGGGAUGAGAAGCUGAUAUCACUCCUUCUCCGUUACAACGCCGAUGUGAAUAUUAACGAGGGCCAUUGUAUCGUUGCCGCUGUUUCUCAGACUGAUGUCAAGAUACUAGAAAUGCUACUCAAAAACAAACCAACACCGCACACAAUAUCGAGAGCCAUGCCAAGGGCCAUGGAGGUGUCUGAUUACCCAACAAGGUCUCGAAUCAUUGAUAUGCUGCUUGCCACGGAUACCAUCAAGGGUACGAUCGAGAUAUCGAAAGCUUUGGAUACAGCAAUGAAGAUGAAUCCUGCCGACAAACGGCUCAUUCGAACUCUGCUCCAGCAGGGUAACGCCGACGUUAACAUUAACGGAGGAUCUACAGUUGAACAUGCCGCCCAACACUCCGAUCCAGAAGUUCUAGAGAUCAUACUUGGGCUUGGACAACCAGAUGACGACAGCAUAGAUAAAGCCUUAAAGAGUUUAUGGAAGCUUUCAGCAUCUGCUACCAAAACAGACAAGCUUGAGAUACUCCUACGCCGAACUAAGUCAAACGACGCGGUCAGCAAUGCGCUGAUCGAAGAGGUGAAAGGUCUUUUGAAAAUACCAUCAUCGGAGCGAAAUUUUACCUCUUUGAAACUCCUCUUAUCUAAGGGAGCUGACGUGAAUGCGUGCAAAGGUGAAGCACUUAGUUGCGCUGUUGCAGAAUCAAGUCUGCAAAUCGUGGAGAUACUCUUGGCAGCGUCACCCUCGCCUACAACGCUCGCAUGGGUCAUGCCACACGCCUUACGUAUUCUUGAUUUAAUGGAUCGAUUAACUAUUGCUCAAAAGAUUCUCUAUGCUGGCAUGCCUCCAAGUGAGGUAAAUCGAGCGCUCAUAUUUUCAGUUCAGAAACACCCAAACGAUAUACCCCUGAUCAAUGCCCUUGUUAUACACGCUGAUACGUCGAAUGGCCUUGCUCUCAUUGAAGCGGUCAAGAAUGAGAGCCAGGAAAUUGUUGAGCUGCUACUCGACAAAAAGAGCUUCACUGUCGAUGUCCUCAAUAAAGGCUUUACCACAGCUAUCAAGACUAACGACAAGAAAAAGAGAACUCUACUGUGCAGUAGCCUGCUAGGAGCCGGUGCAUCUGGUGAAGUGGUGUCAAAUGCACUGCUUUCCGCAGCAUCAGAUGGAGACUUGGAAUUUGGUGCGAUACUUGUCCGAAAUGGAGGUAGCAUCAAGCAUAAAGGGGGACAAGCCAUCGUCGAAGCUGCCAAAUCGGGGGCUUUCGAAGUAUUAGAAAUGCUAUUGGCGGGAAAUUCCGAGGUCCCUCAAAACACCCUUCAAAGAGCAUUUCAAGGGGCUACGCAGGUGGGAAACCUACAAAAGCGUGCAGAAAUCUUCAAACGCCUUCUUCAAUUGGGCGUUUCGGGAGAAGUGGUUGAUAUUCAGCUCGUUUCAGCGGCUCGAUACGGCGACGAAGGGAAAGAUUUGGUGAGGCUAUUACUUAAGCAUGGCGCGAACCCCAACUACAGCGAUGGCGAAGCCGUUGAGAAAGCAGUUAAAAGUGCAUUUCUGGGAAACCUGGAACUUCUUCUAGGAAUUUCUACAGGAGAUGGGCAGAGCGAAGGGCAGCAGAAGCCAUCGUCACAGACGCUUGCUCGUGGUCUUGAAGCUUGUUGGGAUCUCAACAGAGAUACGAGAUUUACAAUCGUCAAUUGGCUUUUCAGGGCAGGUGAACCGGUUUCUAAUGCUGUUCAUUCUGCCCUUCAUAGGGCUGUUAGCGAAGAGGACCCUGAAGCGAGAGUAAUCCGUUUCCUCAUAACUCACGGAGCCUCACCUGCUGCCAGCAAUUGCCAGACUCUAAUUGACGCGGCCUCAACUCUCACCGCUACAUUGUUUGAUGAACUACUCGAUGGUCGUGUUAGUAGCAACGAUGCGUCAUUAGUUUUUGGGAAAGUAUUCAACAACAGCGACCCAAGUUCAUGGGUUUCUGAACGAGGAUUGAAGAUUGCGACAAGUCUUCUCCAGAAAGGAGCUAAGGGAGACGGAGUAGGGUCUGCACUAGUCGCGGUUCUAAAACAGAAUGGCGCAGCUCACCACUCUCUCGCAAUCGCUUUUGGUGACUUAUUAUUGAAGCAUGGUGCGGAUGUAAAUUAUAAUCACGGCGAAGCUCUGCAGCUCGCAGCAGCCCAGGGCAACCCAGAGCUCCUCGCAAGGUUGUUAAGUGAGAAACCGAACGGUGAGGCGCUUGGCUCGGCGUUCUCCAAGAUUUUUGACAUUCCGCUCGGUGAGGACAGAGUUCACCAGUUAAUUACACUCUUCACAGAACAUCGCGAUGGAAAUAGUGAGUUGGAUGUUAUGUCUAUACAACCAGGUUCCGAUCCCAUAAUGAUCCGAGCAUUAUCUCAAUAUCCACGAUCGACCAAGAUUUUAGAGACCCUUUUGGAUAUCGGUUUCUACUAUGACCAAAUGACAAGCUAUAAAGUCGCGGAUGAAUUUGAAACCCCGGAAUCCGUGACACUCCUUAUGUGGGCAUUAUUGCAACCGCAGAAAAAAAUCAGUACAGGCAUUAUUAAUGUACUUAUAGAUAGAGGGGCUAAAAUAAACUUCGAGACUGCUGCCUCUCAAAUUACUCCGCUCAUGCUGGCCAUUAAGACGCGCCGUCAAGACGUGGCAAAACUAUUACUGCUAGCUGGUGCCGAAGUUGAUGUAGCAGAUGCCUUUGGGAAUUCACCGCUCUCUAUGGCGUCAGCGAUUGGAGGUGAACUUGCGGUUGCUAUGAUGUCCAAUUUAUUAGCAGCUGGAGCCUCGAAAAACGACGGCUCUCUUCAUAAUGCUGCCCGUGAGCUAAACAUCCAGGCCAUGCAGGUAUUGGUUAAGUAUAACCAUGACCCGGAUUUUCCAAGUCCUUUGCACGAAGGACGUACUGCACUCGCAGAGCUUUGCUUACGUGCGACUGAUUCUAUGAAGAUGACGACAAACAACGAGAAAAUAAUGGAAAGGGCAAUUGAAUUCCUAGUGGAAUGCGGCACUGAUAUUACUAUCCAUUCGGAGGGCAAAUCGGUACUUCUCCUUGCGCUUGAGUCAUCCGAUCCUGUGACUACGACGAGAGUUCUACUUCGGGCAGCUCUAUGGAAAGACAUCAACAAGCCAUUCAAUCAGUACAGCAAUGGAAAGUAUACGUUCUCGCCGACGAUGUAUGUGCAACAUGUACUUUCGGAGUCAGACCUCAAGAUGGACCUUUUACGUCUGCUUAGAUCAAAUCGGUGCGCUGAUGUAUAUUACGCAAAUUCGGGACCACAGCCAGACGAUGCUGUGGGUUUGCCUGCUCAUAUUCAACGCGAAGAGGAGGAGCGCAAACUUCGCCUUGAUCGUCUUCGAGAGGACAAUGAAAGCCAUCUUCUAGCGAUACGGAGAACUAGAGAAUUGGCGGCAGUUCAAGCCGAUAUAUGGGCAAACCAGGCCGAGCUAGAAGAAGCGCGAAAGAAGCGAAUGCAUAACGCUGACCUAGCUGCGCUGCAGGAGCGCGCCCGUGUGGAAGAAAACCUAUUCAAUAUGACCUUGCGCCAGCAGCGCGCGAAACAGAUUACAGACCUGCAACAUCAAGAGGACCUGACAAAGGCCAGCGUGGCGCGUACCCGCGCCAUCGGCGAAGCCGAGCGUUCUAUCGAAGACCAAAGGCAAGCGCGACUGCUAGAAUGGGAGCGGGAUAUAGGGAACGAGAGAGUGGGAAAUGCGAACCAGCUUAGUAGCAUCCGAUUGCGCGAGCGCGAAGAUAUAGAAAAGUUGGACAAGGCGGCCGACUCGCGAUUCACGGCUCGCUUGAAGGAGCAGAAGAAAUUGGUGGAUAGUCAGAGUAUGCUCGCUGCCAGCUUGAACAGUGCUCCUGCUGCCGCUCGGCGACAGAUUGGAUAUGUCAGUGGGGAGAUACAGUAGGACACGGCAGGGGGUUUGUUGCCCGGAAGGAGUAGGUAUUUCAAUAUCUCAGUUGUCAACUUUACGGCGUUAUGGAAUGGAAGGAAGUAUGGGAAGACGGUUCAUUCAUGAUGGGUAGUGAUGUAAGAAGUCGGGUUAGAUACUACCUAGGUAAUUUCCAUGUAAAAUACUUCUGAUUCCGGUAACAUCGCAGACAAUCUUCAUUGUUUAGGCUUGAUCUCGAGAUCCCCAUACUUAUGCAUACAUGUACCUAACCUAACUAGCU